GGUCAGCUUUGGUAAAGUUCCAAUGGAAAUGCGUCUUCCUAUUCGGUGCCCUAUUAAACGAGACUUUUUAUCAGGAAUUCAGAUUGAAUUUAAGCAGUCCCCUCAUCAGAGAAGUUUAAGGGCCAGAUUAUACUGGCUUCAGGUUGAUAAUCAGUUACCAGGCACAAUGUUCCCUGUUGUAUUUCAUCCAGUGGCUCCUCCAAAAUCUAUUGCCUUGGAUUCAGAACCCAAACCUUUCAUUGAUGUGAGUGUGAUCACAAGAUUUAAUGAAUACAGUAAAGUCUUACAGUUCAAAUAUUUUAUGGUUCUCAUUCAGGAAAUGGCCUUGAAAGUUGAUCAGGGGUUUCUUGGAGCUGUUAUUGCACUGUUUACCCCAACAACUGACCCUGAAUCUGAGAGAAAGCGGACGAAGUUAAUUCAACAAGAUAUUGAUGCUCUGAACACAGAAUUAAUGGAGUCGUCAAUGACUGAUAUGUCAAUUCUUAGUUUCUUUGAACAUUUUCAUAUUUCUCCUGUUAAGGUUUGUUAUAAUUAUUAUAUAGAAAAUUGACUAUAAUUGCCUCAGAAUUUUUAAAGGGUCUCUAUACAAAUGUAACUUUAUUUGUUACAUCAGAUAUUUGAUGAGAAUUUGUUUGACUAAUUGUAGCAAUUAAGACAGUCCUAUGUAACAUAUGCACAGCCAUAAUUCCCAGAGAGAAACUACCAGAGCAUGUUCUCUAGUCUUGAAUUAAUAACCCCUUUACUCAAGGAAGAAGCUGACAAAGGCAUUUCUUAAUUAAGCGUAGAAGUGCUCCUCAACGUUUAAUGUUUUGGUUGCACUUUGUAACAACUAUCACUGUCUAAACAGAGAGCUAUAAUGGGUGCCCCAGCCAGAGUGUGAAAGCGCUGAAGUAGGUACUGUACUGUUAAUGUGGUGUUUUCCCUUCUAAAUCUGUGUGUAACUAAGGGAGUGGAAAAUGGAAUACCUUUCACUUCCCUGAUCUUGUACUUUAUGAACCCAAUUCCUUUUCCCCUUUUGUUGUUCUUUUUAGCUCUUUCAGGCGAAGGUGACUGCUUAGUAAAUUCACAAAUGCUAUCAACUAUAAUGGGCUGAACUUGUGUAAUGGGCCAGAUUUAGAUUUAAGUAACUCCCUAAAAUACUGAUGAUCCUUUACAUUCUCAAAAACUGUUCACAGCACUUUAAUUUCAGUUGUAUUUGCCAGUCUAUUCAGUUAACAGAGAGAAAUUAUAAAAUAGAAUUAUUAUUUUAAAUUGAUAUAUUAGUUUAGUGGCAUUAAAUUUAAAGUUGUUUUGUGAGAUAAAUUAUAUACAGUUUCAUUCUAAUUAGUAAGUGGAAAUCAGUUAUUAAUGGGAUUAAGCAAUACCUUCAACAAAAAUUUACUGAACACCUAUUUCAAAAUUGCUUGUAGGAACAAAACAGUUCAUGGAAUUUAUAAUCUAGGGGAGACCAAAGACGGAUAAUUUACCACCUCAUAUUCUUAGGCACCAUAGAAAUUAUGCCAUGAAGUUAAACACUGAAGACCAUGAGCAAGUUUAUUUUCUUCUUU